UCAGCCUCGGAGGUGCUGGUAGCGCUCUGGACAGCCAUGUUCCUUCUGUUUGCACUUCUCUCUAUGUUUGGAGGGCUGCGUGCCCACCAGGAUUCUGAAGGAAUAUUACUGCAUAUCACAGUUCCAUGGAAGAUAAGGUCGAAUGAGAGUGAAGAUUCAGAGAAACAGGUGACUUAUAUCAUUACAAUUGAUGAAAAACCAUACACUCUGCAUCUCAGAAAACACUCAUUUUUAUCCCAGGACUUUUUGAUUUAUACAUAUAAUGAAACUGCAUUUUUGCAUUUAGAGUCUUCAUAUUUUAAGAUACAUUGCCAUUACCAAGGAUAUUUUGCAGAUAUUCCAAAUUCCCUUGCAACACUCAGCAUUUGUUCUGGGCUCAGGGGAUUCCUUCAGUUUGAAAACAUCAGCUAUGGAAUUGAGCCAUUGGAAUCUUCAGCACAAUUUCAGCAUGUAAUUUAUCAAGUGAAAAAUGAGAAUCCAACUAUACCACUGUUAGCAGAAAAUUAUAGCAAUAUUUGGCAGAAAGAACAACCCUAUAAAGAUAACUUAAGCUUACAGGAAAUAACUCUUUCAAAACUAUUACCCCAAUACCUAGAAAUGCACAUUAUAGUGGAAAAAGCUUUGUAUGAUUAUAUGGGAUCAGAAGUGAUGGCUGUAACACAGAAAAUUAUCCAAAUUAUUGGUCUUGUCAACACUAUGUUUACCCAGUUCAAACUGACUGUGAUGCUGUCCUCCUUGGAAUUGUGGUCAGAUAAAAACAAAAUUUCUACCAACGGGGAUGCUGGUGAUUUAUUACAAAGACUUUUCAUAUGGAAACAGGACUAUCUUAUCCUACGGCCCCAUGACAUAACAUUCUUACUUAUUUACAGGAAACGUCCUGCAUAUUUGGGAGCAACAUUUCCUGGCACAAUAUGCAAUAAAAGCUAUGAUGCAGAUAUUGCUAUGUAUCCAGAUGCAAUAACUUUGGAGGGAUUUUCCGUUAUUAUAGCUCAACUACUUGGGCUUAAAAUGGGAUUAACAUAUGAUGAUAUUAAUAACUGUUCUUGUCCAAGAGCUACAUGCAUAAUGAAUCCUAAAGCAGUGGGUUCCAGUGGUAUAAAGAUUUUUAGCAACUGUAGCAUGUAUGACUAUAGAUAUUUUAUUUCAAAAUUUGAGGCUAAAUGUCUUCAGAAUUUUUCAAAUUUGCAACCAUUAUAUCAAAAUCAAUCAGUAUGUGGUAAUGGGAUGUUGGAACCUAAUGAAGAAUGUGACUGUGGCAGCCAAGAGGAAUGUCAGUUUAAGAAGUGCUGUGAUUUUAAUACAUGUAAACUGAAAGGCUCAGCAAGAUGUGGUUCUGGACCAUGCUGUACAUCAAACUGUGAGAUAGCAGUAGCAGGCGUUCCAUGUAGAAAGAGCGUUGAUCAAGAAUGUGAUUUUACAGAAUAUUGCAAUGGAACAUCCAGUAAUUGCGUCCCUGACACUUAUGCAUCAGAUGGCAUGUUGUGCAGUUUGGGAACUGCAUAUUGUUAUAAAGGACGAUGCCAAACUAAAGAUAACCAAUGUGCCCAGGUACUUGGAGAAGGUGCUCAAGGUGCUCCAUUUGCCUGUUUCAAAGAAAUCAAUUCCCACAUUGACAAAUCUGGAAACUGUGGUUUUAAAAAUUCACAACCAUUACCUUGUGAUCAGAAAGAUGUUCUCUGUGGAAAAUUAGCUUGUGUUUGGCCACUUAAGAAUUAUAAAAAUGAUGUUCAAUCUGCAGUUUAUUCAUAUAUUCAAGGACAUGAAUGCAUAUCUGUAGCUACUGGGUCAUCAGUGAGAUCAGAUGGAAGAGAUUAUGCCUAUGUAGCUGAUGGAACUGUUUGUGGUACACAAAUGUACUGUAUAAAUAAAACCUGCAAAGAAGUUCAUUUGGCAGGAAACAAAUGUAAUGCUGUUACAAAAUGCAGAGGAAAUGGAAUAUGUAAUAAUUUGGGUAAUUGUCAUUGCUUUCCUGGCUAUAGGCCUCCACAUUGUGAAUUCCAGAUUGGCUCACCAGGGGGAAGUAUUGAUGAUGGAAAUGUCCAGAAAUCUGAUAUAAUUUUUAUUAAAGAAGACUCCAGUGCACAGCAGAACAACUGGCUUAUUCUGAGUUUCUACAUUGUUCUGCCCUUUAUCAUAAUAUUCACCAUUAUGAUCAUGAAACGAAAUGAAAUGAGAAAAUCAUGCAACAGGGAGAAUGCAGAAUAUGAAGGUAAUUCAGUCAUUGUGCCAGAAAACUACAAUGUGGACUAUUAAAAUUGCCAAACAUUUCACCAGCAAAUGGCCCAUUACUAAAGGAGAAAACGCAUUUUAUGACCCAUCCCUGAACACAUUUCCGAUGUCCGCAGUUUGAAAAAUAAAGCCCAAGCCCACGAGG